CGAUGCCAAAGUGCCGGACCUAACUGGGCAGGUACCCGCAUGGAUCUCCUUUGCUGUUUAUUUAUAUAGACAUCUUCCCUCUCGUUCUCCUGGUUCCCCUUCUCUCUCUAUCGUCGUCGUUGUUCUCUGGCCACAGUGACCCCGCCGCACAUCUGGCACGAUGUUUCUCCUCAAUACUCUUUCCGCUGCUCUGGCCAUCUCGUCUUCCGCAGUUGCCCUCAGCAUUCCCACAGUUGCAGAGCACUCGACCAAUGAUGCAACCUCCAAGAGCAGUAUCUAUGAGAAGCUGAGUGGUCCUCCUGCGGGCUGGGUUCGGGAUGACAGCACUACGAUCAAUAAGGAUAUCUCUACAGUGAAGUUGAGGAUCCAACUGAUGGAACAGAACAUGAACAAGUUCCAUGAAUUGGCCAUGAACAUUGCAACCCCAGGGCAUGCAUUGUACGGAAAACACCUCUCACAGCACGUGAUUGAUGCAAUUGUUGCCCCUCGGGACGAAUCCAGCGAUCUGGUCAUGCAGUGGUUAGAGACAGAGGGUCUGGGUGAUCAUGCAAGCAUCUCACCACGAUCUGAUUCUGUUAUUGUUGAGGCCAGUGUCAGUCAGAUUGAAAAGCUCUUGAACGCCGAAUACGCUCCUUUUGUACACUCAUCAACGGGAGAAGUCCUGUUGAGAACAUUAGAGUACAGCCUACCAGAUGCUCUCCAAGGUCACGUCAAGAUGGUUCAGCCAACAACGUUCUUCGGCCUCAGGGCAAUGAGAUCAACAAUCUCGAAGGUUAGGCCUAUUGACAAAACCAACCUGGUCACGGAAGCUGGAGCUGUCAAGGGCUGUAGCGGUGGAGCGGUCACCCCAAAGUGCCUUGCCAACCUUUACAGCUUCUCUUCAGCAACUGCUCUGUCUGCAGGCAAAAUGGGAAUUGCCGGAUUUCUCGAACAAUGGCCCAGCAAAUCAGAUCUCUCGACUUUCAUGGAAAACUAUGCCACUGAAGGCAACUCGGGUGAGACGUAUACCUGCACCCUGAUUAACGGUGGCACGUGCCCCUCCUCUGGUAGUGGCUACCCCGGAAUCGAAGCAAACUUGGACACCCAGUAUGCGAGGGCCAUCACUGAGUCCAUCCCUAACGUCUACUAUAGCACGGGCGGGAGCCCGCCGAUUGUGGGUGGCGGCACGAACCAGAAUGAGCCGUAUCUCGAAUUCCUCGACUACUUGCUCGCACUCAAUGAUUCUGAUCUCCCUCAAACGAUCUCCAUCUCAUACGGCGACGACGAGGAAACCGUCCCUCUUGACUAUGCCGACACCACCUGCAACCUCUUCUCUCAACUCGGUGCUCGCGGAGUCUCCGUCCUUGUUGCGUCUGGAGAUUCCGGAGUGGGAACUACUUGCUCAAUUAACGGUACAAAAACCUUUACAACAUCCUUCCCUGCCUCCUGCCCUUGGGUUACAACCGUUGGGGGCACCUCUGGAAACAGCCCCGAAGCAGCCUGGACGGAUGGUGGCGGUGGUUUCUCCAGUGUCUUUGGCCGUCCCAGCUAUCAAGAUUCUGCCGUUACCUCCUGGUUGACAAACGACAAUACCCACUCAGGAGUCUCAAAGUACUUCAACAGCUCCGGACGCGCAUACCCAGACGUUGCCGCCCAAGCUACGGAUUUCACCAUCGUCGCUAGUGGAGAGGCUGAAGGCGUCGACGGGACGAGUUGCGCCACCCCUACCUUUGCCAGCAUCAUACAGCUUCUGAACAGCGGCCGGGUGGCGGCAGGGAAACCGGGACUCGGGUUCUUGAACCCCUGGUUGUAUAGCAACGCGACCUCCGCCUUGACGGAUAUCACCACCGGCUCCAACACUGGAUGCAGUGGGGUGAUCUCUAAUGCUGGAUUUGAGGCUGUUACAGGAUGGGAUCCAGCCACUGGUCUCGGCACACCAAAUUAUACCAAAUUGUUGGCGAUUUCUGAUUCUACGUAAAUUUGCAUCUUUGGGACGACGAGAUAUAGCUUGAAAUAUGUAAUGAUGAAUGACUUUCACGAUGGGAGACAAAGAGCGGGUUGCCUGUCAAUUCUGGUAAAGAGCUUAUUCUGCUGAGCUAGAUGUAUGCCAUCUCCCCAGAUGGACCUGAUCUUCAAGGUGGCAAUCUAUCAUUAUUGUAGAAAUGGGAUAAGUAGCAAGGACGCUCUCCAUAUAAGGACCCCGUACAUCAAGACCCCCCUCCCCAGCCACCCGACGCAAGGGCC